GCAUUACUUACUUAAAUUCAUUUGUUUCAAAGACUGGCUUGAUAUCUAGCAGUUCGGUUGUAUAGACGCCAAGAGGUUGUUUUCGCGGUUUGCUUUGACGUUCCGACGACGGCGGUACGCGACGUGAGUGUUUUGUUUCCGUUGCAAUUUUGGUUUCCGGUUUGUCCUGCCUUUUGUUGCAAUUUAGCAACUCGAUCAUUUUUCUUUAAUUCUUACCAAUUUUUUUGCAUAAUUUGUGUGGUUUAUUUGUUGUACUUUAUUUUGUGCAUGAUUUUUAAUUAGUGUAUUUUAGGGUACGUUGUAUCGUUAUUGGAAAUUAACGAUAAACAAACGAUGAUCAUCCCAUCCACUUCCGAUCCUCGAAAGAAUACGACGAAAAAGUAGUUAUCUAUUACCGGUUAUAAUAGAAUUAAUCGUAUUUGCAACGUGAUAAUUCAACAAACAGUAAACAUGAUUUCGGUUUUAUUGGAAUCGCGGCCCUUUAGGCCUUUCAAGUCCAGUGAAGAGUAUUUGUAUGCAAUGAAAGAAGAUUUGGCCGAAUGGCUUCAAACCAUGUAUCCCCAUUUGAACAUCGCUGUGGAGAACUUUAUGGAAAAGUUAGAAACUGGAGUAGCUUUGUGCGAGCAUGCGAACGCCGUCAAAGCUCAGGCAGCAGAAUACGUUGAGAAGAAGCAAGCAAGAAAAGCAGCGAUGACUAGAUCGGUAACUGGAUCAUUAGCACAAGCCCAAACUGUGAUCAAAAUUGCAGAUGUAAAAUACUUUACUACAGCAAAGCCGGGGACUUUCUUCGCAAGAGACAACGUUAGCAACUUCAUAAAGUGGUGCAGAUUUUGCUUGGAAAUUAUCGAGUGUCUCCUUUUCGAAUCGGACGACUUAAUCAUGCGAAAGAAUGAAAAACAUGUCAUCUUGUGUUUAUUGGAAGUUGCCAGAAGAGGAGCCAAGUUCGGUAUGUUGGCUCCAAUGCUAGUCCAGAUGGAACGGCAAAUUGAUCGAGAAAUCGCAGCUGAUCAGAAGAAAUUGGGAAUCAACGACGGAAAUGAGAACAGCAGUGGAUUAGAUGAUGAUGACAGCGAUAGCGAGUUUGAAGAAGAACCCCCCAUGAUGUACGGCCCUGUUCCACAAAUUGUCACCAAUGAUUUGAAGAGUUUAGACGAAAUGGUUCGUGACUUGGUCGCUCUAUGUACCUGUCCCACUCAGUUCCCGAUGAUUCGAGUAUCAGAAGGAAAAUACAGAAUAGGAGAUACGAAAGUUCUAAUUUUUGUUAGGAUUUUACGAAAACAUGUCAUGGUACGAGUAGGAGGUGGCUGGGACACUUUGGCGCAUUACCUGGACAAACAUGACCCAUGCAGAUGUAAAGGACAACAUAGACCCACACAAAGUGCCCGUUUGAUACCUGGGAGGGCACCUGAUUUACAUGGAGCUCAAGUCUUUUACGACAGAUCAGCCACAUCACCAGCAUCACUUCCACCCACAAUCAACGGCGUAUCCAAUGGUCAGCACAGUUUAGGGCCUCCAAUGAAUUCCCUAAAUCGAUCGAGAUCCCGAUCGCCAUCCCAUUUAUAUCCAGAUUCCCGAAGAUCGGUCAGUCCUAACUUUCCAAGGAAAAACUUGGUUCCACCGUCUCACAAUAGAUCUAGAAGUCCAACUCCGAACUUUACCUCCACUCAUCACACCAAACUAGCAACAAAUAAGAGUCCACAGCACGUGGUAAAGAACUCGGGCCCUCAAAGUUUACCGUUCAUUCCCACGUCCCCCAAAUCCAAACACGUUGCCAGCAUUCAAAUACCGGUAGAAAGUAAGGUGAUGAAAUCCGAAGCGGUUCUCCAAGUGAGCAGUGAAUCACACAGUAGCGAUAAUCAUAGCGACACGUCGUCUCAAAUGUCGGACGAAGGGUACAGGAGUUUGGGAAUAGUGCAAGAUAAAAACAAGAAAAGGUCUUCUGUUUAUAGUCAGAACUCUGCUGAAGAUGUUGAAGAAAACGAACAGCAACAUAUCUAUACAGAAGACGAGCUGAAUGAUUUCGGUCUACGGAAGACCAACUUUUCGCAGAGAAUCUAUGAAAACGAUUCCAAAUUGUUGAGAAGAACACCCGAACCACCAAGGUCGCAUCCUCAGUCCCCUACGACGGAGACUGAUAGUGAAAAAACCAUACUUUGUCCCCAAAAGCCUAGUGAAAAUUUAGGGCAACACUCUGUUGGUUCUAUGAGGAGUUCUCCACGUCCCGAGGAGCGUCCACAACUAAAACGGGCGAGUAGUAGUGACAAGGUUAUAACUAGUCCCAAAAGGGCUCCAGCUGUUCCACCCAUCACAACCAAAAAAGCCGAUAGUAAAACGAAUACUUGGAAUGGACGGCAGAGACCAGUUAGAAGCAGCAUCGGACCAGACACAUAUGUUUCACCUUUCCAGAGAAACGCCACUGGCAGAAGAAGCGUGUCUGCUCUAGGCGAAAGAAGAACUUCUAUGUCUGCAAAUUCUUCACCAGUAAAAAGCCGACUUAAGCAAGAACUAUUAAAUGCUGUGAAGAAAGCCGAUGAUGAUGAAUCUAUAGCAAUUCAGGUUCAAGAACUUCUUCGCAAAUAUGGUAGCCUGAGCACUUUGAACAACGAAGAGGACUACUCGCCCAAAUUUAGCCGUCAACAUACCGAAAGAAUGUCGGUUAGGAGUCCUAGAAAGGAUUCAAAACCUGAAAACAAUUUGUCCAGAAUACCGGCUCCCGUCAUGCAUAAGGCCUGAGUAAUUAUUCAUACCUGUCUUUAUUUAAUACAAAGAACAACACCAUACAUUUAGAGGUAGUUAAAGUGUUAGAAUUAAUGCUACUAGUAUUUCAAACAUUUUAAGUUCGCAUCUCUAAUCUUCACAUAUUUCAUUGGAAACACUAUUAAUGGUAACGUAAAGUACAUAAAAUGUUUGUGAUACGGACAAAUGACCUAAAAUUGUUGGUGCUAAUGUUGAAUAGUUUAGGAACACUAUGAUAUGACGAGGAACGAGAGUAUCUAUCAAUGCCAGUUUGACUGAUUUUAAUCGUGUUAAAAGUCGUCAUCAUUCCCACUUGCAUUAAAAACAAGGACUAAAGUAUACUAAUACGUAAAUGGAAUUGAAACUGCGGUUGGAAUUAUCUAAACUGACUAAUUUUCAAAUUCGAUUAACAAAACUACGCUUAUCAAGUUGUUCAAAAUUACUUGUUCCUUUUGGAGGAAACAGAACAUGAAAUUGCAGAAGCCAGUUGAUUGGUUAAAAAUUGACAAAAUAUUAAUUUCAGUUGAUGCACGUUGGGGAGUUUUUUAGAGAGAAAAGUUUAUAUCGGUUUUCAGAUCCAGAUGUAACAAUAAUAGAGUUUUUGACAAUUUUUUAAAUUUUUUUACAAAAAAAAUAUUUGUUUUCCAAUAUGUUCAAAAGAUGCCCUUUUUUCCACAACAAUUUUUUUCCUGUCAUUAUUCGAUGUUUACAUAGCAUGAUAAGAUAGUAAUACGUUUUUACCAGUAAUUAGCUUUAAUUUUGCACACUUAGUACUUAUGAUUUUAUGGGAAAUAUGUUUAUUUUCUAUAGAAUAGUAGUCCAAAUGUUUAUUUAAUGUAAGAAAUUUUUUUAUCACUAAUGUACUAACAAAUAUUUAAAUUUACAGUCCACUCUAUAAAGAGCUUUGCUAAUCAUAAUGCGGCGGCAGUUUUCCAUAUCUGACUAGCAACUUUAAGAUAUAUUAUCUUAAAAAUGCGUUUGCAGUUUGGUGCAAUAUAUUUCCUCAUUUUCAGGACACCGAAAGCCACAAUAUGGAGAAUUUAAAUUAUACAGGAUGGUACAGUUUUAAUGGUAACUAAUUUAACUAUGCAUUCGGUACGUGACGAUAAUAAGCAAGUCUAUAUAAAGUUCUGUCUUUAAACUGUUCGCUUUCUAAAUACGAGCCGUUAUUCUUUGUUUGUCUCAGGUUUUUUCAGUUAUUAAAAGAAAACAACCGAAAACCCAAUUUAAGCAGAAUUUUUAUAGAAUGGAGACAAAAACAUCGUAAAGUGCCACAUUUUAUUUAAAUCGUGAUUUUUAUUCUCUGACUCUCCAUGGUUAAAAUAUUUUACGAAAAAAUUGUUGACUUGUGUGUUUUAUUAAAAUAGUUGCAAGAACUUUGGUGCAAUAUACACAAUUUAAUAAUUGAGAAUUAAUGUGAUUUUAAAUCGUUUUGCCGAAAAUAGUAAAUCUUACGUAGAAAAGCUUUCUAUUUAAAGCAAUGUUAGUGGUUUACAAUUACAUUAAUACAUGCAAAUCAAUUGCAACCUCCUUUUUGUAAAAGUUAUCGUCAUACUUACUAAGGGCACUGUGUUUUGCUUCACGAUUAAAACUACACCACCUUGUACUUAUAAAAACAAGAUUACCAAACCUUGUUAUAACUAUAGGAGCGAGAGUCCACUAAUUACACAGUUUAUUUUCAAACUAUUUGCGUUUAGUGCCCAGAUAUUUCAAACGUUAUAAAACUGCUAAUGUUUUCACACAGCAUGUAGAAAGGUUAUAUAAAUAUUAAAAAACUAAGUCAUCGUUGUGAAUUUAGCACUUACUGCAAAAUUAGACCGGACUUCAAUAACGCUCUGUUUAUACUCUUUACAGUCCAGUAUAGGAUCAGCUUAACCACAACGUACAUACAUAACUGAAAACAACAAAACAUAACAAAAAAAUAUCAAUAUUUAAAUCCAAAUAACAAGUUGUUAAAAUAUACGAACCUAUUUUAUUCCUUAGAAUAUUUUAAAUUAGAAUUACAUCAUCUUUCUUGUGUUUUAACGAUUAUUUUAAAAAUAUCUAUAUUGCCAGCUAAUUUUACUCUUCUAUUCCUAGAGGCCUAUAUUUAUUAUAACUCCUAAUAUCAAUGUAAUAAUAAGACUAAGGCGCCUUUAAUUAUCAAAACCUAAUCAAACACUAGAUUUUUAUAGAAGAGAAAAGCUCAAAUAUUCAGAAGGAAUAGUUUUAUAGGCAUUCCAAUUUUGAUACUACAUUUUUUUAUAGAAAAUUCUAGGACGCAAAUUAUCAUGUUUUGCAUUGCAUGUAGUCAAAACUGCUAAAGAUAGAUAUAUGUUUACUUUACAUAAUAACAUCAGUUCAGACUUAUUCAUUUACUUUUUAAAUAUAAAUAUACUGACUAAAUCAGAAGUUAUGUUUUACAUUAAAAAAUGUUAGAUCAUAUGCGAAGUAUCCACUGUUUUGAAAUGUACUCAAGCUUUCAUACAAUUGCUUUAAACCCCUCAAGUAUUUACUAAAAUAUGCUUUUUUUGAUUCAAGGGUAUUGUGUUAAAAAAAAUAAAUUGUUUAUCUACUAAGUAAGUAUAUACUCUUGUGUUAUAGUUUAUUUAACAAAUAUAUGCAUAUUAUGUAUAAUGUAGCAUUUUAAUAUUUUAAUUGUUAUAUUUUUACAAUUAAACUAAUGUCCAGAAGAA